UUAACUUAUUCGAGAUUUUUUUAUUCAGGUUGUCAAAGCAUUUGAUCAUACUGAUGGUGAAUAUGUAGCUAUAAAAAUAAUCAAAAAUAAACGUCCAUUUCUAUCACAAGCUCAAAUUGAAGUACGUCUUCUUGAAUUAAUGAAUCAACAGGAUAUGGAUAAUAAUGGUUAUAUUGUUAAAUUAAAACGACAUUUUACAUUUCGUAAUCAUUUAUGUCUUGUAUUUGAAUUAUUAUCCUAUAAUUUAUAUGAUUUAUUACGAAAUACAAAUUUUCGUGGUGUAUCACUUAAUUUAACAAGAAAAUUUGCUUUACAACUUCUAUCUGCAUUAUUAUUUCUUUCUCAACCUGAGCUUACUAUACUUCAUUGCGAUCUGAAACCUGAAAAUAUUCUUUUGGUUAAUCCAAAACGAUCUGCUAUUAAAAUUGUUGAUUUUGGUAGUUCAUGUCAAAUUGGUCAACGUCUCUAUCAAUACAUUCAAAGUCGAUUUUAUCGUUCACCAGAAGUGUUACUUGGUAUUCCAUAUGAUAUGGCGAUUGAUAUGUGGAGCCUUGGUUGUAUUCUUGUUGAAAUGCAUACUGGCGAACCAUUAUUUAGUGGUACAAAUGAAUUUGAUCAAAUGAUGAAAAUUGUCGAAGUACUCGGUAUACCACCAACUCAUAUACUUGAACAAGGAACAAAAACUAAACGUUUUUUUGAUCGCCUACCUGAUAAUACAUGGAUACCACGCAAGAGUAAAGAAAGAAGGUAUCGAUCACCUGGUACACGUAAAUUACAUGAUGUUCUUGGUGUUGAUAUUGGUGGUCCAGGUGGUCGUCGGGCUGGUGAGCAAAAUCAUUCCGUAUCAGAUUAUGUUAAAUUUAAAGAACUUGUUCAACAAAUGCUUGAAUAUGAUCCCAAACGACGUAUAUUACCAUUUAAUGCAUUACAAUCGAGUUUUUUCAAACGAUCUUAUGAUGAAACAUCAAAUGUUAAUCAUCCAAUAACAACAACAAAUAAUAAUAAUAAUAAUACUACUACUACUAAUAAUAAUAAUAAUAAUCCAUUGUCAAAUCUUAAUUCGAAUAGUUCACCUAAUCUUGAUCCAAGCCUUCGUUAUCGACAUUUAAUUGAAACAGUACAACCACCAAAUCUUUGGCAACCAACAGAUUCAUUUAUACCAGGAAUUCCAAGACCAUAUCCUGCUCAACAAACAACAACAACUAAUAAUAAUAAUAGUUCUAUUUAUUUAACUAAUAGUUACCCAACUGAUUCAAUAGAUCUUGCUGCACCAAUAGAAUUUCAAUCAACGAACAGCUAUUAUCCAUCUCAGAGAACUCAUACAUCACCGUCCGGAACAACAUUUCCACCAUUAUUUACAUAUGUUCCACAAAAUUUUAAUCAUCAUUUAUCAUCGACUAUUGACGAUAAUUCUUUACUUAUACAAAAUCCUAUUAUAUUUCUCAGUUAUCUUCUUGGAUGUUUAUCAACAAUUGCUUUAUUCAUAUGUUUAUUGAUACGUUAUGGAUUAUAUUCACCAGGAACUAUUUUCUCAGAAGAACAAUACCAAAAAGUUCGUCCAUUGUCUGAAUAUGAUGAAGCAAAAAAUUCAACAGUUGAUGUUGUAAAUUAUUUAUUAUAUAUUUUAUUUCAAGAAUUAAAUGAUACAUCAAAAUUAAGACGAUAUUUUAUGCAGAAAUUACAUAUCGAAUUUGAUGAAAUAAAACAAACACGAUUUGGAAAAUUAUUUAUUCAAGAUAUUUUAAUACAAAAUUUUUCUCUUGGAAAAGAAUGUCCAAAAUUCAAUAAUAUUCGUUUUGAACGACAAGAACGAGAUGAACGUCAAUUAAUUAAAGAAUUUGUAGCUAAACUUUAUGGUAGUUAUAAAAAUGGAUUUUCUUGUACACUUGAUAUUAAACUUAAAUAUAAUUAUCAAUGUCAAUUAUAUAUAAAAAUUAAUCGUAUUCAAGGACAUAUGCAUUUAGAAUUUCGACGUGAACCAUUUUCACAUUGGUUAUAUGCUUUUCAAAAUGAACCAUUAAUUGAUUUAGAAGUUAAAUCUUAUUUACAUAAUCGUGAAUUUCCAUUAUUAGCAAAAAUUAUACGUGAACGUAUAAUACGUAGUAUAAAACGUAAAAAUGUUUGGCCAAAUUAUAAAAUUCGUUAUCCACCAUUUUUUUCAAAAUCAAAACAAUCAUUACCAAUUGAAAUUCCAUCAAUAGAUAAUAAUAAUAAUCUUCUAUCUGGUAUAAUGAAAAUUGUAAUUAAAUAUUGUGAUCGUCUUUCAAUUCCAUUUGAUUUAUUUAAUAAAGAAAAUUAUUCU